GAGGACAUAUACACACAUGCAGUCACACACGUUGGGUCUUCUCUCGUCUCCUCGUUUUCGUCUCCUCCUCCUCCUCUUGUCACAACAUGUCAGAUCGCAACCCGAUCCCGGCACCAACUUCGCCCGACUCCAUUGCCCGACCCGUCGGCGGAACCGAGUACAGCUGGUGCAAAGCCGUCCCCGUCGGUACCGGCAUAACCGUCCUAGCUCUCCUCCUCACUAAACCCCCAAACAUCCCCCUUCUCCAAAACGCCCUCCACAACCUCCAAAAUUCCCACCCUAUCCUCCGCUCCAACCUCCACUUCGACUCCGCCACCAACUCCUUCUCCUUCCUCACUCCCCCCUCCCCCCACCUCCAAAUCCAACCCUUCGAUCUCCCAUCCACGGCCAGCAUUCUCCGCCCCAGCUCCGCCGUCUCCCCAUUCCACCAAAUCCUCGAGCACGAGCUCAACCUCAACACGUGGCGCAAUCCCCACCCUCCGUCCGCCGACGCCGACACCGACGUCUUCUUCGCCAGCACCUACGGUCUGAGCGAGUCGCGGUGGGCGCUGGUGCUCCGGCUGCACACGUCGGCAUGCGACCGCGCGGCGGCGGUGGCGCUGCUCAAGGAGCUGUUGGGAUCAGUCGGCGGAGGAGGAGGGACAGAGAUGGAAAUAAAGGGAAAGGGGGAAGUUCUUUCGGCACUUGAGGAUCUGAUCCCGAAUGGGAAGGCGAGUAAGCCGUUCUGGGCGCGUGGGGUGGACAUGCUUGGGUACUCUUUGAACUCGUUGAGGCUUUCCAAUUUGGAGUUCAAAGACGUGAGUUUGGAGAAGACUACUCAGAUGGUGAAGUUGCGGAUUAACCCAGAACACACUGAUAAGCUUCUUGCUGGUUGCAAAUCUAAAGGAAUAAAACUGUGCGGAGUGUUGGCAGCUGCUGGAUUGAUUGCUGCGCAUGCCUCUAAGCACCUUCCUGAUCAUCAAUGGGAAAAGUAUGCUGUAGUAACACUUCUUGACUGCCGUCCGCUUCUUGAUCCACCACUUUCUGCCAAUGAUCUUGGCUUUUACCAUUCUGCCAUCGUGAAUUCACAUGACAUAAACGGAGAAAACACACUGUGGGAGCUGGCAAAGAGAUGCUACACAGCCUUUGCAGAUGCGAAGAACUCUAACAAGCAUUUCUCAGACAUGUCAGACCUGAACUUCCUCAUGUGCAAGGCUAUCGAAAACCCUGGUUUGACUCCAUCGUCAUCCAUGAGAACUGCCUUUUUCUCGGUGUUUGAGGACCUAGUGAUCGAUGAUUCCAGUGAAGUGUACCAAGAGCUUGGGUUGGAGGACUAUGAGGGGUGCGCUUCAGUCCAUGGUGUUGGCCCCUCCAUAGCUAUUUUUGACUCCAUACGUGAUGGAGGAUUGAAUUGCUCAUGUGUUUAUCCAUCUCCCUUGCAUUCAAGGGAACAAAUGCAGGACUUGAUGGAUCAUAUGAGGAGCAUUCUUGUAGAUGGUUGUAAUGUUGAGAGCGAGAGCUAGUAUAGUUCACUUCUCGAUGACGACAAUGAAUUUAAUUUGUCUGUCCACUGUGCUGCAGCCUAUAGCAAAUGUUGUUUCAUAUGUGUUUAGUGCUGCUUCUUUAAUCAGUGUGUAAAGAAUCGAGAAUAAAUCAGUAAAGAAGACGUUCAAAACGAUCG